GUAUCAAACAGUUCUAUGUCAAUGUCGACAAAGAGGACUGGAAGCUAGAAACACUUUGCGAUCUUUAUGACACUUUGGCCUUCACCCAGACCCAGAGUGUCAUCUUUGUUAACACCGGGCGUAAGGUUGAUUGGCUCACUGACAAAAUGUGUGGCCUUGAUUACACAAUUUCUGCAACUCAUGGAAACAUGGACCAAAAUACUAGGGACAUCAUCAUGCGAGAAUUCCUGUCUGAUUCAUCCAGAGUGCUCAUCACCACUGAUCUCUUGGCUCGUGGUAUAGAUGUCCAGCAAGUGUCCCUUGUGAUCAACUUUGACCUCCCUACCCAGCCAGAGAACUACCUCCGUCGUAUCGGGCGUAGUGGACGGUUUGGAAGGAAGGGUGUGGCUAUUAACUUCGUCACACAGUACGAUGAAAGGAUGUUUGAAGAAAUACAGAAGUUUUAUAAUGUUACAAUUGAGGAGUUGCCAACUAAUGUUGCUGAUCUCCUGUGAUGUGUGGUUUUGGUUCAAG